AUGCCUGGAAUGGAGCAGAUGAUGAGUGCCAUGAUGCAGCAGAUGAACCAGCCCGGCAUGAAGGAGAUGAUGGCUGCCAUGAUGGGACAGGCACCAGCCUCGCAGGUUCCGAAAGAUCCACCGGCUGAGAGUCGACCGGAGCCAAGGAAGGGAAGCUUCAAAGGUCGAGGCAAAGAUCUGGACGGCGACGACCUUGACGGACCCCCAAAUGGUGGCAAAGGCAAAGGCAAGAGUGAGUGCUUCAAGUGUGGUGGCUUUGGACACUUUGCACGCGAAUGCCCGGAAGGUGAUAGCAAAGGUAAAGGUGGGGGAAAAGGCAAAAGUGUGGAAUGCUUCAAGUGUGGUGGGCCACACUUUGCCCGUGAAUGUCCUGAGGGAGGAGGCAAGGGCGGCGGCGCCCCAAGCACCUUGGCCAGUUGGAUGAUCGACGACAUCAAAGAUCUCUGCGAGAGGUUCAACAUCGACGAUCGCUUGGAGCGACGGGUCAUGGAGCGAAUGGAGUCGCGUCAAGACACCUUCCGAGAGGACAUCAAAAGCCUGGGCGAGACGUUGGAAACGGCUCGAAGCCCUCCGGGUUUGCUGUCCGUGAAGUUGCGUGAGAUGGAGGACGGCACGUUUGUUCCCAAAGGAGGCAAGGGCAAAGGCAAAGGUCCUCCUCGAGGACCUGAGUUGAGCCCACCACGCGGAAGGCCGGGUGGUAGCCCACAGCGAUCCAGGUCACGCGAUAGCCGCAAAAAGACACGGAGGAGCCGUGACCGUCGCGACGGUCGCGACGACCGCCGCGAGGAGCGUCGCCGCGACGAUCGCUCCUCACGGUCGCGCUCGGGGAAGCGGCGCGGGGGGCCUCGGCGUUACCGCUCCUUCAGUUGUGACCUGUUUGAUGUUGGCUCGAGCUUUAACGCAUUGCCCGUUGACAUCAGUAUCAUCGAGGAGAUGGCCCGCGUUUUUGCCCUCGCAUUGCUGCUGGUGCCCUGCACGGGUGAGACCCCGGUCUGUGCCACGGUGGGUACAGGCUACAGCGACCUGGUGAACGGGGAGCAGCACACUACCACAGAUGAUGCCAAGGAAUGCCAGGACAAUUGCAAACGCACAGACAUUUGCGCUUUCUUUACGUGGUACCCAGAUACCAAAGGAUGCUGGCUUCAAAGUUCCACUGCCAUCAAGAAUGUGACCUUCGAUGGUGUGGUCAGCGGGCCUGUGAGGUGCCCCGGGGACGUCGAUGAGAUUGCGGUGGAGACGGUGGUGGACGAGGUGAAGAGUGGAAAAGUGGGAAAGGUGGUCGAGACCUUAAAUAGCAGCACCGGAGCGAGCUUCCCCUGGUGGGCCUGGGUGUUGAUCGGCUUGGGCAUCGCUUUUUGCGGCCUGUGCAUCUUGUCCUUCAUUUGCUGCAGCACCAGAAAGAAGUCUUCCAAGCGCUCUCAGAAGGUGUCUGCCAAGAAGGACGUUGAAGCAGCGGCACCAGCUGAAUCGGCCCCAUUGAUGACAGCGGCUCCGCAGGUCGCUGCUCCGGCGGGCUCUAUCCGAUCAAUGGGUGCUGCACCAGUCGCUUCUGGCUACGCUGGAUCUGGGGUCUACGGCGGAUCUCCGGUCUACACCGGCGCGCAGUACCAGUACCAGCCGGCACCAAUGACCUAUGCACAGGCGGCUCCAGUGGCCACUGGACCACAGGACUUGUUUACUCAGUUGGACACCAACGGUGACGGCGUGCUCUCCCCACAAGAGAUGGCAGCCAUGCAGGCUGGCCUCACGCGACCUGCAGUGCCUGCCGUGCCAGCAGGCUUCACCCAAGUGCCUCAAUGA